GCCCACAUGACGUUUGCUCAGCACGCGCGCAGGUGGACGCUGGCCCUCCGCCACCGGUGAUUCCUGUUCUUAUUCUGUCCUGAACGGUGGACGGAGUGAUGGUGAGACAGGUGUUCAGGUCAGCAUCUUCUCCUCGGCAUCAUUAGUGUGAGAGGCGAGCGGAGGAGGAGAGAGAGAGAGAGAGAGCGGUGAGGUUUAAAAUGGCAGCUCGGAGUUAGUUGGCUUCUCGGCGGCGGGUGAAACCUGAGGAGCACCGGGAACUUUCACCGACAAGCCUGAGGAUUCUGUCAUCUGAACACCAUGGCGCACAACGACCGUAUGGCCAUCCUGGAAGACGACGAGGAGGAGUUGAAAAGGAAUGAAGCCAUUUCUGAUGACUUUAACCGUGUCCACUUGGAGGUUCACCAGGGUGACCCUACCUCUGUGCCACCACCUGAACCUGGUGACCCCGACUCGGAAAAACCACCCAAUCCCUUCUCCAAACGUCAGCUGGGCUGCUGUGAGCACAUGUUCCUCCGAAUCAACCGCUACCUUCUGGUCUCCAAAGUGUUCUACUUCUUCUUCUACGCUGCCUAUGGCUCACUGCACCCUUUGCUAGCUGUGUUCUAUAAGCAGCUGGGGAUGAAUCCUUUCCAGUCCGGCUUGGUGGUGGGGAUCCGCUACUUUAUUGAGUUCUGCAGCGCCCCCUUUUGGGGCAUUGUGGCAGACCGGUACAGGAAGGGCAAAGCCGUGCUGCUGUUCUCCGUUUUCUGCUGGUUGGUGUUUAACUGUGGGAUCUGGUUCGUGAAACCAGCUUCAAUGAGCUGCAGAUUGGAGAACCAGAUCACAACUACGAAUUUGGCUACAACUGUCGCUGCCACUAAUGGGACAUUAGCACCAAUCGUAGUUUCUACCAAUAGGACGUUUAGCUUCAAUAUGGCGUCUACUAACGGGACUGUAGCUCCAUCUGUAAUUUCACCCAAUAGGACUGGAGCAGCCAUUUUGCCUAAUUCAUCAGCUAAUCACACAAGGCAGCACAGAGACCUGAUUGGACAUUUCUCCACCUUAUCCCUGCUGUCGUCCAAUCAGGAAUCCGCCUUCAGUUCUCAGCACAGAUUCCAGCGAGACACUAAUGUUAGCGUUAGCAUAGCUUCAGGUGUUCAGAUCACUACUGCAGGAUCUGAGCAGACUUUUACCACACACACUCAGUCCCCAACCUCGCAUAACAUGAGCUCCACCUCCACACCUCCAAACCACAGCACCACCACAUCACCCAAACCUCCUGUCAACUACAACCCCGACCAAGUGCAGGCCAUCUUCCUUCUUAUCCUGCUGAUCGUCAUCAUCGGAGAGUUCUUCAGCGCACCAGCAGUCACCAUUGUAGACACGGUGACCCUGCAGUACCUGGGAACACACCGGGACCGCUAUGGGCUACAAAGGAUGUGGGGUUCUCUGGGUUGGGGGUUGGCCACACUGGCUGUGGGCAUCUGGAUUGACCACACCCACAGCUUCUACCCCAUCGAUAGCGACUCCAACUGCUCCCUGCCCAAAUACAGGAACUACACGAUCGCCUUCGUCGUCUUUGGUGUGUUCAUGGUGGCAGCACUAAUCGUCGCCAUGCAGUUCCGGUUUGAGGUGCAGCGUUCUGAGGAGCAGACGGGCAGCGAGGCAGGUGGGCUAGAUGGUACGGUGCCCCCUGCUGGUCAGGACUUUGGCUACAUGGAGCUGUUGCGGCUUUUGUGUGGCGUGCGCUACAGCACAGUGCUGUUUGUCGCCUGGUUCAUGGGCUUCGGCUACGGCUUCGUCUUCACCUUCCUCUUCUGGCACCUGCAGGACCUGAACGGCACACUCACACUGUUUGGAGUGUGUUCCAUGCUGAGCCACCUGUCCGAGCUCACCGCCUACUUCACCAGCCACAAACUGAUCGAGCUGGUGGGUCAUAUCAGAGUGCUGUAUAUCGGCCUGGCGUGUAACACAGCUCGCUAUCUGUACAUCUCGUACCUGCACAACGCCUGGACUGUGCUGCCUAUGGAGGUGCUGCAGGGUGUGACCCAUGCUGCAGUAUGGGCGGCGUGUAUCUCGUACCUCAGCGCCGCUGUACCUGCUGCUCUCCGCACCUCGGCUCAGGGAAUCCUGCAGGGUCUCUACCUGGGCCUGGGCAGGGGCUGCGGCGCCAUGCUGGGGGGCAUCCUGGCCAACUCCUUUGGCCCCGCUGAGACGUUCAGGGCGAUUGGAAUGGCUUCACUCAUCAUCCUACUGUUCUUCGCCUUCAUCCAGAGUGUCACUGAGAAAGACAAGGACAAGGAGGACAAGAUGCUGGCCGAGAACAUCCCUGUCCCCUCCAGCCCAGUCCCCAUAGCAACCAUCGAACUGAUAACAAACUCUGAGGUCAUGACGCCGAGUGUCCACCAGGAGCCGAAACGGCCGGCCCAGAAAACCCGGCACCAGGAGGAGCAGGAGGACGACGCUAAACCUGCCUGGGCUCUCAGCGUGUCGCCGUUUGUUACCAUCGCCUUCGUUCUUGUCCAGAUGAGAGAAGUGAUUGUCAUAAGGAAGGCACACACGCACACUGAGGUCCAGCCCCUACAGGACCCAGAUAAUUGUUCUCCAAACUCGCAGGAUGCAAAUUCCCCUCCUGGGUCUUGUGUGAGCGCAGCGCAUACUGAAGGAUCUCCCCGGGGAACACACACCCUGCCGGACAGGGCGUCGUCUCUGGAGGGCUCCACAUGAACAAAGCUCACACAUGCGCGCAUGCAGACUUUAACUCCACAAUGACCAUGAAGGAUUCUUUUUAUAUGUUUAUUUUAAAAAUGGAGAGUAUUUAGUGUGGCACACCGUGUCAAGCUGCACCUUGAGUUCUGGGCGUGUGCCGAUAAUCAUGUACACCAGCAUGUUCAGAAACCUUAUCAUUUUAUCAAGAUCAUAUUGUAAACCAUGAUGAGCUGUUAUUGUGAUCUGGCGCUUGACACUGGCACACAUCUGGUGUGCCCUGUGUUUGGGUGUGGUUGUAAGGUAUUUUUGUAAUUUUAAUGUCCGAUAUCACUUAAAGAAUGGUGUCUUUGAUUUAGUUUAUUAACGUUUACACUGCAGCGCUGUUGAAUUCUGGACUGUGAUUGGUCAGAAGGUGUCUGUAACAGCAGCUCUGACAGUAGCGCAGGGUUUUAUUGGUGUAACUCGGUCCACAUAAACGGAUCAGAAAAGACGGUAAUGAGGUGUUUUAUUUAAAAUUAAUGGAAGGAGUCUUCUGUGUCAGCGGUAAAGCUGUAACUAAGUUUUCUGACAUCUUCAGGACAGAGGAGUUUACACUUCGUUGUGGUUUCUAAGUAACACGGCAUGCGUAAAGAGAAACUGGUGAGGGAAUGACUGUUUAUAGCUGCUGUAACAUAAGAGAAGCGGAACUAACUUGGUUCACGUUCCACAACGUUGUUACGAUAAAUGGUUAAUAAGAAAUAAGUAUGAUGCUCUUUUAUUAAGUAAAAAUAGACACUGCUGUUCCAGGAAAAUAAUCUUAUUUGGGGUGGUAACAGUAGCUCUGCUUCAUCACACAAGAUGGUACAUGGAGCUGUUUUCAUGAUGCUCCAAACAGUAAAUCUAAAAAGAAACAGUGGACUGUGUGUGUGUGUGUGUGUGUAGUAGGGAUGGAGGAGUCCAGUCCAAUCUCAAGACAUUAUUGAGAAGUACACUCACCAGCCAUUUUAGUAGGAACAUUGAUGCAUCCACCUGCUGUUUGGUGCAGGUCUCUAAUCAGCCGAUCCCUCGGCAGCAGCACGAUGCAUCAAAUCCCGCAGAUACAAAUCAAGAGCUUGAGUUAAUGUUCACAAUGUUCAAACAUCACUCCGAAUGGUGAAAAAUUGUGAUCUCACAGUGAAGUGUGACUUUCUUUCACUGUGGUAUGGGUGUUGGUUUGAGUAUUUCAGAAACUGAUGAUCUCCUGGGGUUUUCACACACAAGUCUUUAUACAGAAUGGUGCGAUAAACAGCGAGUGAGCGACAGUUCUGUGGGUGGGGGGGAAAAAAAAGCCUUGUUGACAAGAGGGUCAGAGGGAAAUGGACAGAUUGCUUCGAGGUUUGGUUUUUUUGCCAGAAAGGAAGGCUACAGUAACUCAUAUAAUCACUCUUUACAACCAUGGUGAGCAGAAAAGCAUCUCGGUAUGCAACAGCAGAAAACACAUUGGGUUCCGCUCCUGCAGCCAAGAACAGGGAUCUUAGGCCCAAUCCCAAUUCUAAUUUCUACCCCUUCCCCUCCGCCUUCCCCUUGGCCCUUCCCCUUGAAACUGAGCUACAAGGGCUAGGGCUUGAAAUUCAACCCUUACGUAUUGGGAUAGCCCUUCAACGAUCGCAUACGUCAUCGCGUACCUCCGUCAGCGUUUACGUUAGCAAAACGCGACGCGUCAUUGGCUGCGACCAGCCGCUACAGUCAGAGCCAGAAAUCUCUGCUGGCAGGGUGUGAUUUGUUAACUAACAACACCACUGAAUGGGAUAUCUUUGGCGCUUCGUGCACCACAUCCGACAGAAUGAGGUGUCAGAACACUCAUGUAAACAAUAAAAGCGAGAAUAACAGAACAAAACGUACGCAGUCAAGCAACCGAAAACAAUACUCACUCCCAAAGCUUUUUAGCAGCAGCUUGGAUUUCAGAAAUCGCUGCUCAUUCUCAGCUCGAAAGCGAAUCAAGCGGCGUUUCUCCUCUGGAUAACAACUUAAAACACGUAAAUAAUGGAGAAAAUACAUUUAUGACAAUCUUUCGCCACGGGAACCGCCAUCUUUCUGAAAUCCGCAUGAAAUCUCGCUGAAAUCCGCAUGGCAUUGUGGGAAAUCACUCAAACCCCUUCGUUCGGAGUCAGCUCCUGGAAAAUCUCCGUUUGGAGGGGUACAGAAGCCCUCCCCCUUCCCCUACCCCUCCGCGUUAACUGGGAUUGGGAUACCCCUACCCCUUCAUGUGAACGUGCAAAAUGGAGGGGAAGGGCCAAGGGGUUGGUCCAAGGGGUGAAAUGGGAUUCGGCCUUAGAAUCAACCACACGUUCCUAUUAAAGUGGACAUGGCCUUGAGUAUGAUGGAGAGUUUGUGAAAAUACUGUUUUGUUUUGUUUUUCUUAAGUUUGAUGAGAAGUAAUUCCUUCUUCUAGGAAACAGCCCAGUCACUCAGACGAUGCCCGAAUGAGGCCUAGUUAAAGUAAAGACUUGGCCUUGAAAAGGAUUUGAUCGUCUUUGACUCAGUUUUGCUUUUAUUUAACCCCUUUAAGAUUUAAUCUUGACCUGAUCUGAGUUAGAUCUCAAACUCCUCAACGACAGCUUUGACUACAGUCCGAAACCUGGCGUGAUGAAGGGGUUGGUCAUCUGAACGCAAAACACCUUCACCUUCACACAGGAUCUUCAAGCAAGUCCAGUUGCUCUCUUCAACCAACCACAGAUUACUAUGUACCUGGAUGACUGAGAUUCGUCACAGAUAUGUUUCUACGCGCUUUGGGAUGAGAUCCCUAUGAGAGGACUUCCAGAAAACUGGCAGACAUCUUAGCCAGAGAGGAUCGUUCAUUUUUGUCAACCUGGAACGACCACCGUUGAACAGAGGUGGGUGUCUAUGACAUCUUUUAUCAGCCACCUACAGUGCAGCCAUCAGCAUUCUGAUUCGAAUUCUAUGAUGAUCCAUGAGCGGAUAAAUACCGGAUACUCCCAAUUAGUCAGACAAAACUGAGGAAGCCUUUAGGAUGAGCGGCGAAACGUUUUCAAGAAUCUUCAAGCAAGUCCAGUUGCUCUCUUCAACCAACCACAGAUUACCUUCACACUUAACAUUUCUGUCCUGUUUGUACAAUGUUUCCUUUAAUGUAUGGACCAACUCAUGUCCUCACCGUGUGCUUUGAGGCUUUUUUUACGGAGUGAUAGUUUUACUCACUCUUUUGGGGGCUGUUACUGAUUAAGCCCAGAGGUUCUGAUGGUUCGAUCACCGGGUGCCACAGCCCAUCUACCACGAUGUAUAGUGUUGUGUGAUGUGACUGUCCACACUGUAAACAUUACUAUAUAUGUGUAGAAUAUAUAGAACAUAUUGUCACGACAUACACGCACAAACAUGCCCGUGGGCAUAUACACACACCCUUAAUGUCUACAGAAUGUCCCAUGGGAGAGCUAGUGGUAACAUCACCGUGGAAACUGGGUGUGGGUGGGGCCAGAUCUUCAUCAUCAGCCCAGAUGCACCACUGAGAUUUUUUUAAAAUGUCUUUAACAUCUUUGUUACACAUUUCAGCUGAUGAUAUAGAAAUCAAAGUCCAAAAGUUAAAAAAAAAAAAAGGGAGCAUUACAGUACGGAGUUAUGUACAGCUGUUGGGUUUGUUUUCUCUUUCAUUCAUGUCAAGCAAUGACAGAGAGAUAUUUAAAAGCAAGUAAGUGCUUGUGUACACGCACAAUGGUACGACGCUUACUUGUGUACUGUAGACUACUAUACAUAUAUACACCUACUGUGAGAUAUUAAUAGAAACUCAGCUUUUGUCUCUAUUCCUCUGUCCUGUGGAUGUAUGACGUAUAAGAGAGAGAUUUUCCAAAGGACGGUGAUCUGCUGCGCCACAGAGCCACUGGAGGCUCACAGCUCAGUCCAGGUGAUUUCUACCCUGAUGAGUCACAGUGUAGAUGUGAUGAGCUUCCUCCUGCUGAAUCUCUCUUCCUCUUCUCCAUCCCACAGUGUUUCUUCUCAUCAGUGCUCACUGAUGAAUAAAUAAACUAAACUAUA